AUGCCUGCCUCAGGAUCCAUAUCAAGCGAAGAACCAUUGAUGACCCUAAAACCAUAUGAAGGUAUACCUACAAUUGAAGGCGAUGAGCAAUACUUGCAAAACUACUCCACAGCCCAAGCGGGUGAAAAUGAACUUUUACGAAUUGAAUCCAAUGUCCAAGCAUCAAAAGCCUUGUCGAGAAUAAUAUCAGAUAGUGAUCCUGUUUUACAACGUUCGUUAUUGUUAAACGAACCACUACCUCUCAUGGGUGGCGGAAGACCGUACCCACCAUUAUUAGGAUCCCGUGACCCGUAUGCUGUUACCUUUGAUGGUCCCGAUGACGCUGGAUUCCCGCAAAAUUUCCCUUUUUGGAAGAAGAUGGUGUACAGUUUGGGGCCAUUAUUUACCGCAUUAUCCGUUUCCCUUGGGUCAGCAAUGUUUUCACAAGCCAGUCCCGAAAUCAUGGCAAUCUAUCACAUUGGCGUAACACCGGCCGCGCUAACUACUGCAUUGUUUGUGUUUGGUUUCGCUAGCGGCCCAGUCAUUUAUGGACCCUUAUCGGAAUUGUUUGGACGAAAAAUCAUUAUGGUGAUUUCCAGUUUUUUAUAUGUGUGCUUUUCAUUUGCUGUUGCCACAGCCAAAGAUAUUCAGACAAUUAUGAUAUGUCGGUUUUUCUCUGGGUUUGUUGGGUCAGCAGCGUUUGUUGUUUCUCCAGCUAUUUUUUCAGAUUUAUUUCUGACCGAGCAAAGGGGUACCGCUAUUUCGACAUUUGCUGGGGUGCUUUUUGGUGGUCCCAUGCUUGCCCCGAUAUUUGGUGGUUUCACGGUUAAAAACUCUAGUUUGGGCUGGAGAUGGACAGCUUAUUUUUGUGGUAUAGUUGCCUGCUUGGGGUUGGUGUUGAACGUGUUUUUACUUGACGAAACACACCACCCAAUAAUCCUUGUCAAACGUGCUGAAGAGUUGAGAAGAAGAACAGGAAACUGGGGGAUUUAUGCGCCACACGAAGAAUUGACUUUGAGUUUGAAAGAAAUUGUUGAAAACAACAUUGCUCGACCACUUAAAAUGUUGUUUACUGAAUCGAUUUUGUUUUUAGUGAGUAUUUACAAUGGGUUUAUCUAUGCAAUGUUGUACUGUUUAUUGACAGCCAUGCCGUUGAUUUUCCAAGAGGGGUACGGGUUCAGAAGAGGGGUGGCCGAGUUGCCCUAUUUAGCUAUGCUUCUAGGUGUUUUUAUCGGGAUUGCAGCACUUAUCUUAUUUGAACAGAGAUACCUUAAAGCAAUGGAGAAAAACAAUGGUAAACCAAUUCCAGAAGAAAGGUUGCCGCCAGUUUUUAUUGGUGGGAUAUUUUUUAUAAUCGGUAUUGUAAUACUCACAGUAGCUGGUGAUUUCCCGAAAAAAGUUCACUUUAUGGUACCCACUGUGGGUGCUGGGUUUGUUGGGUUUGCGUUGAUGUUGAUUUUCUUGCCCACGAUGAACUAUGUGAUAGACUGUUAUUUGUUUGUUGCUGCGUCUGCUUUGGCCGCCAACACAUUUUUGAGAUCAGCUAUGGCAGCUGUGUUUCCGUUGUUUUCUCAUCAAAUGUUUGUCAACUUGACAAACAAAUAUGCUGGCACAAUCUUGGCUGGUCUUGGUGUGUUGCUUUUGCCUGUGCCAAUUGCGUUCCGUGUGUAUGGUAAAAAGAUUCGUGAAAACAGUAAGUACGCGUAUAAGUAA